AUGACGACACCAUACAAGUUGAUUAUCGGCAACAAGAACUAUUCGUCGUGGUCGCUUCGGGCAUGGCUGUGUCUCAAGCUUGCCGAUGUUGAUUUUGAAGAGAUCCGCAUCCCGCUCUUUGUCCCCGGCUACAAGGGAAAGUUGUUGGAACACUCUCCCGCCGGUCGAGUCCCCGUCUUGGUUGCUGUCGUUCAAAAUCAAGAAAUGUCCGUGUGGGAUUCUCUUGCCAUUAUGGAAUUCAUCCUGGAGACCCAUCCUUCCACGGCAGUGGCAUGGCCGCAAGACAAGGUUGCCAGGGCUCUGGCCCGAUCCAUUUCGUACGAAAUGCACUCUGGCUUCCUGGCUAUUCGCGAUGAGCUGCCCCAAAACCUAAAGGUGAGACGACAAUUAAUGACGGAAAACAAACUCACGGCACUCUGCAAGACACAAAUUGACCGUGUGGAUGAGAUUUGGAAAACUUGUCGUCUUUCCGUUGCUGCGGAGGGUCCCUGGUUGUUUGGCAAGGAUCCUUGCAUUGCCGAUUUGAUGUUCAUUCCGGUCGCUCUUCGGUUUGUGUCCUACGGGAUUGUGGAGCACAUCUCUCCCGAGUCUCAGCAAUACAUUAAAACGGUGACAUCACAUCCAUUGGUUCAAGAAUGGACGCAAGAUGCCACGGAGGAGGCAGAAGUGCUCUCGUUUAUUGACAACCUGGUGCCUGCUUCAGAGAGCCCCCUCAUCUUGUAG